AUGAAGGAGUUAAAAUCAAAAAAGAAACAAGAAACAGGGAACAAGGAUGAAGUAGACAAUAUGGUUGGAUUUCGUGCAAAACAAAUGAAUCAAGGUGAGAAGGACAACCUAAUCGGACAACAUAAAAGUUAUCCGGCUGUGGACCCUGUAGAUUGUGUCGAUGUCGGCGAGAAAUCGAGAGAAAAUGGAGAGAGUGAUCAAAGUAGGAGAGAAAUUAUGCUGAGAAAUAUGGUGGGGCUCCGAGAUGAAAACAUCACACUUAUUGAUAACUCGGGUGAUAACACUGCCAUAGAUGAUAAAAACAAUAUCCAAAUCUAUCCAUUUACCAUUUUGGACUUUCUUGGUGUCGUUGUUUCAAUAGUACUCUUUGUCUUUGACGUUGUAACGGACAUUCUUCUAGCUAUGGAAUACAAAAAUCACGGUAGAAUGGUAGAGUGUGCACUCACGUCAUCGGUUGUGGUUGCGUCAUUUCUGGUGGCAGGGUCCUUAAGCACGGUUUGGUACUUACAAGACGGAAGUGGACCUGUAGGAAAAGUUGGAAAGUUUUUGUUUCUUGUUGUGGCCUUCCCAUUUUCUACCAUUAUCAGAAACUUCUCUUACUUAAAACAUGGAUUCUUAAGUCGCAGAUCCACUGAUAAAAAGAAACAUUACAAUAGAAUGAUAAAGAAUGAUAUAGAUGCCAGUUUUCUACGGAUGUUCGACGCCUUUUUUGAAUCCGCUCCUCAGCUGAUCAUCCAGGUUUACAUUGCUAUCCAUGACACGCCGCAAGAAGAAUUACACUUACAAAUUCUGCGAGCUGUUACCAUAGCAUCGUCUUUAGCAGGUCUGGCAUGGUCUGUGACGGGAUACAACAGAGCACUGCGUAUCUUUAACGCAACUUCCGGUUUGAAAGCAAACACAUACUGUGGAGCUGUAGGAUACUUCCUUUGGCGAGUGUUCGAGAUCGGACCGAGAAUUACAGCCAUUGUGAUGUUGAUAUCAAUCGAAGGAAACGGUCCGUACUACGUAAUAUUUGGUGUUCUAUUCCAUUGGAUGGUUAUGAUAACUGUUGCAUUUUUCAAAAAUGUCAAGGCUUAUAAAAGAACAUUACACAACAUUUUAUUCAUUGUGUUCAUCGGCUUUGUGCAAAUCAUAUCCUUCAUGAAUUUGAGUCGAGACAAAUCUCGAGUGCUUGCCAUAGCAUAUUACUCUUUGUUCCAUGUAGAAAACGCUGUUAUGGUGGCGCUGUUUGUAUUUUGGGGUGACGUAGAUAAGUCUAGCUGGGUAUAUAUAGCCACAAUAUCUGUGGCUUCAUCAGGGGUUGUGCUAUGUACUCUGUUCAUGAUAAUGUAUUAUACACUUUGUCAUCCUAAAGUUUCGCGUACGUGUACAUGCAAUCACAAUGAAGAGAUGCAAAAUGUGUACAAACCUAGUGAUAAUGUGUGA